AUGAAAACCAUUGGCAUUGUGGGCGGUAUUGCUUGGCCCAGCACCUUGGUUUACUACAAAGAAAUCCACGAAUACUUCAAAACGCAGAGUGGAAGCGAUAACCUUCACACCCCAAAACUUGUCCUCGCGCAAACGGACUUCGCACUCAUCGAAAAAGCCCAGGCGGAGAGACAUUGGGAUGAGGUCGGACGGCUUCUUGCCGUUGAAGCAAAUAAGCUGAAGGCGGCUGGGGCCGACUUCUUUCUUUUGGCAUGCAACACGGUUCACACCGCCGGCGACUUCAUCAUCAAAAACGUCGAUCUGCCAUUAGUUCAUAUCGUCGAUGCUGCCGCUGAGAGGGUUAUCGGGAUGGGAUGCAAGACCGUGGGCUUGCUUGGCAGCCGUUACACGAUGCGAGGCACCUACUUCAUUGGCCGUCUGAAAGACAAGUUUGGAUUGGAGGUGUUGGUGGCUGAAGGAGACCAUGAAGAGAAUAUACACCACGCUCUCUAUAACGAGUUGGCCAAAAACAUCUUCUUAGAGGAAACAAGACUCAAGUUCCAAGCGGCUAUUGAGGACCUGAUAGCUAGAGGGGCUGAGGCUAUCAUUCUCGGAUGCACGGAGUUUGGAAUUAUAGUGAAGGAACAGCAUAGCUCCGUACCAAUUAUCGACACUAGCAUUGUACAUGCUCGAGCUGCUGUCGACUUCGCACUUGAAGGUUAA